CUCAAGGAAUACGACGGCAAGACUCUCGUCUCUGUCACCAAAGAGGGCCUCGAAUUGCCUGAAGACGAGGACGAGAAGAAGAAGCGCGAAGAUGACAAGAAGAAGUUCGAGUCGUUGUGUAAAGUAAUGAAAGAUAUUUUGGACAAAAAGGUGGAGAAAGUGGUCGUCUCGAACCGGUUGGUCUCCAGUCCCUGUUGUAUAGUCACGAGUCAGUACGGAUGGACCGCUAAUAUGGAGCGCAUUAUGAAGGCUCAGGCGCUUCGGGACUCGUCAACUAUGGGCUAUAUGGCGGCCAAGAAGCACCUGGAGAUCAAUCCGGACCACGCGAUCGUCGAGGCUCUGCGCCUGAAGGCUGACGCCGACAAGAACGACAAGUCUGUGAAGGAUCUGGUGAUGCUUUUGUACGAAACCUCUCUCCUCACGUCCGGCUUCUCUCUGGAGGACCCGCAGACUCACGCCUCC